GAAAAAACAACCCAUUUCACUUGCUUCUCUUUUGGCUGGGAAAAUGUCGGAUGUGUGGGUUUGGCUGUGUUUAUUGGUUGUGGGUCAAAUGGGGGGUGGUUUACUUGGGGGGGUAGAGGGGCUAGGUGUGAACUGGGGUACCCAAGCAACCCACCAAUUGCCACCUAAAGUAGUGGUUCAGAUGUUGACGGACAAUGGAAUUCAGAAGGUGAAGCUGUUUGAUGCGGCUCAGUACACCAUGAGUGCUCUUACUGGAUCAAACAUUGAGGUUAUGGUUGCCAUACCUAAUGAUCAGCUCGCCGCCAUGACUGAUUACAAGCGCGCUAAGCAGUGGGUGCAGCACAACAUCUCCCGUUAUAAUUUCAAUGGAGGUGUUAACAUCAAGUAUGUAGCAGUUGGGAAUGAACCUUUUCUCCAAUCCUACAACAAUUCAUUCUUGAAUGUUACCUUCCCAGCCCUUCAGAACAUCCAAAAUGCCUUGAAUGAAGCUGGUGUUGGAGACUCCAUAAAAGCUACUGUGCCCUUAAAUGCUGAUGUCUAUGGAUCGCCUCAGAACAAUCCAGUCCCAUCUGCUGGAACGUUCAGGUCAGAUAUCAGUGGACUCAUGACUCAGAUUGUCCAAUUCCUUAACCAGAACAAUGCACCCUUCACAGUAAAUAUUUACCCUUUCCUGAGUCUCUACAACAAUGACAACUUCCCAGUUGACUAUGCUUUCUUUGAUGGAGUUAGUGCUCCUGUUGUUGAUAGUAAUGGUAUCCAAUAUACCAAUGUCUUUGAUGCCAACUUUGAUACCUUGGUUUCAGCCUUGAACGCAGCAGGUUUUGGAAACCUGACUGUUUUGGUAGGCGAGGUUGGGUGGCCCACGGACGGUGAUAAGAAUGCGAACUUGAAUUAUGCUUACAGGUUUUACAAUGGUCUUUUGCCAAGACUUGCAGCUAACAAGGGAACCCCACUUCGGCCAGGAUACAUAGAAGUUUACUUGUUUGGGUUUAUUGAUGAGGAUGCGAAGAGCGUUGCUCCUGGGAAUUUUGAGCGCCACUGGGGAAUUUUCAGGUAUGAUGGGCAACCCAAAUACCCUAUGGAUCUUUCUGGCCAAGGUCAAAACAAGUAUCUUGUGGCUGCACAGAAUGUGCAAUAUUUACCUAAGACAUGGUGCAUGUUUAAUCCAAAUGCCACGGAUUUGAGCAAGCUUGCAGAUAAUAUUAAUUAUGCUUGUACAUUCUCAGAUUGCACGUCACUUGGGUACGGGUCUUCUUGUAAUGGUUUGGAUGCUAAUGGAAAUGCUUCAUAUGCAUUUAAUAUGUACUACCAGGUCCAGAAUCAAGACGACUUGAGUUGUAAUUUCCAAGGUCUUGCCAUGGUGACUACACAAAAUAUAUCACAAGGAAAUUGCAAUUUCCCAAUUCAAAUCGCAUCAUCUUCUACCCGGGGGCGUUCUCUUCUGGCUUGGGCAAUUUUGGCGGUAUCUGCACUUGUGUUGCUAUAGAGUUGUUUCUGUAGAUACUAAGCUGUACUUGUUUUUACUUUGCUGUUGUGAGUAUUUUGUAUUUUGGGCCACUGGUUGGGUUAUUUUUUCCCUAAAGAUUCUUUAAAUGAGCUACUGGGAAUUCAUUUGUCUCUUUGAGCUUAUGAGCACAACUCCUCCUCUAUUUGAAGUUUGAGAUUGAUAAUCCCAUCAUACAGUUUAUUCA